CUUUAUCUCUCUGAUAUAUUAUGCUGUUUGGUCAUUUCCCUCUCAACUCCACAGUCCAAACACAACCAACAAUCUUUACUUUUACUUUUUCUCUUUCCUCUUCACUCUUGUUCAGAUAGAUAUAGUCUAUGCUCUUAGACUCUCUCUCUCUCUGCCCAAAAAGAUAUACAAAAGCUUCUCAAAAGCCCCUAGCUUUUAUUUCUUUGUCUGCCAUUAAAAUCCCAUAAAUAUAAUGCUCUCUCUUCCCCUUCUACUUCCCAUCCACACUCUGUUCCUCCACGCUACCUCUUUCUCUCCCUCUCUCUCUCUCAAUAUUCUUCUUCCCAUUGUUUCUGCUGCUUCUUCUUAUUGUCUUUCUUCCCUCCUUUUUAUUUGCUUCUCCUCUUCAAGGUUUCUAUACUAGUUAUGGGUUAAUUUCGCUAUUGCAAUCCUCAAAUAUAGUCUCUACUAACUGUCUAAAAGUUUUAUCUCUCUUUGUUUGUUAAGGGUUUCUUGCUAGUUUGGGAGGAAAGAAAACGAAGGGACAUCUGGCAAGAAACUGCAAGAAAGUGAUACAACAUAUCAUUUUCUUGCAUAAUCUGCAGCAACCCAUCUGGGUUUUACUGUUGCUUAUAUAUAUUAGCUAAACUCAACAGAGGACCCUAAAAACCAAACUCAGAAAAGAGACAAUGAUUAGUGCUACAGACCUCUACCAUGUUCUCACAGCAGUUGUGCCACUUUAUGUGGCCAUGAUCUUAGCUUAUGGCUCCGUGAAAUGGUGGAAGAUUUUUAGCCCUGAUCAGUGUUCAGGGAUCAACAGAUUUGUUGCUCUAUUUGCAGUUCCUUUGCUUUCUUUUCACUUUAUUUCCACCAACAAUCCUUAUGCCAUGAACUACAGGUUCAUUGCAGCUGACACUCUUCAAAAAGUCAUAGUCUUGUUUGUUUUAGCCAUCUGGUCUAGAACCAGCUCCAGAGGCUCUCUUGAAUGGUCCAUCACGCUCUUUUCUCUUUCCACUCUUCCUAAUACUCUUGUUAUGGGCAUCCCUUUGUUGAAGGGUAUGUAUGGGGAUGACUCAGGGAGUCUUAUGGUCCAAAUAGUUGUCCUUCAAUGCAUAAUAUGGUAUACUUUGAUGCUCUUUCUGUUUGAAUAUAGAGGAGCUAGACUCUUGAUUGGUGAACAGUUUCCUGAUACUGCUGGCUCUAUAAUAUCCUUUAGAGUUGAUUCUGAUAUCAUAUCUUUAGAUGGUAGAGAACCAUUGCAAACUGAAGCUGAGGUUGGUGAAGAUGGAAAACUUCAUGUUACAGUAAGAAAAUCAACUAGUUCUAGAUCAGAAAUCUUCUCUCGUAGAUCACACGGUCCAAAUUCUGGUCUUUCAUUGACUCCCAGACCAUCUAAUCUAACCAAUGUAGAGAUUUAUUCUCUUCAAUCUUCAAGAAAUCCAACUCCAAGAGGCUCAAGUUUUAACCAUACUGAUUUUUACUCAAUGGUUAAUGGAAAAAAUGCAAGUAAUGUUAGUCCUAGGCAAUCCAACUUUGGUAACUUGCCAUUUGAUGAAGAAAAUGGAGGAAUUGGAGUGUUUGGAAAUGUCUCAAGGACAAAUGGAAGUGCUUAUCCUGCACCACCUAAUGCUGGGAUUUUCUCUCCUGGAGCUAAGAAGAAGGCAAAUGGAGCUGAAAAUGGCAAGGAUUUACACAUGUUUGUAUGGAGUUCCAGUGCUUCACCAGUAUCAGAAGGUGGAAUUCAUGUCUUCAGGGGUGGGGAUCAUGGCAUUGACCUUGGUGGGGUAGCUCACCAGAAAGUAGAUUAUGAUGAGUUUGGUCGAGAUGAGUUCAGCUUUGGAAACAGACCAGUGCCAAAUGGGGUGGACAGGGAGGGCCCAGUGCUUUCCAAGCUUGGCUCAAGCUCCACAGCAGAGCUACACCCAAAGACUGGUGUUGAUGGUGAACCAAGGGCUACUGCCAUGCCACCUGCUAGUGUUAUGACAAGACUCAUUCUUAUUAUGGUGUGGAGAAAGCUCAUAAGAAAUCCUAAUACUUAUUCCAGCCUCAUUGGCCUUACCUGGUCUCUUGUCUCUUUCAAAUUGCAUAUAGAAAUGCCUGCAAUCAUUGCUGGUUCUAUAGCCAUCCUGUCCAACGCUGGUCUUGGAAUGGCAAUGUUUAGUCUUGGUUUGUUCAUGGCAUUACAGCCAAGGAUCAUUGCUUGUGGAAACUCGAUUGCUACUUUUGCAAUGGCUGUUAGAUUCCUAACUGGUCCUGCAGUAAUGGCUGCUGCUUCAUUUGCUGUCGGAUUGCGCGGAGUUCUGUUGCACAUAGCCAUUGUGCAGGCAGCUCUUCCACAAGGGAUUGUCCCCUUCGUCUUUGCAAAAGAAUAUAAUGUUCAUCCUGACAUUUUGAGCACUGGGGUUAUAUUUGGGAUGUUAAUAGCUCUUCCAAUCACACUGGUCUAUUAUAUCUUGCUUGGACUUUGAAGGUGGAAGCAGUACUUGAAGCUGAUAAGAGUAGUAAUAGUAGUAUUUUUUUUACCCAUAUGGAAUGUGGGAUUUUUGGACGUGGUCUAACACAACAACUUGAACCCGAAGAUUAUUAUUGGCACUUCAAAAAUUAGAGAUAAUGAAGCAAGCAACAAGUAGGAAGAAGAGGACUUGGAAGGGUGACUAAGAGUACUACCAUUUCUCUUCAAACAUGAGGUAGUGAGUGACAAAAGGAGGGGAACAAAGUGGGAAAUGAAAAUAUUUGACAAUUGAUGGCUUGAGCUUUUUGUUCUCUUUUUGCCUUAUUUUUGUUCCUCUGAGCCUUGUGCCUUCUUUUGGCUUUUGUUCUUUUGAUGAGGAAAGUAAAGCUUGUUUCUAGUUAAAGAUGCUUCUAUCCUCCUUUUGUUUUU